AUGUCCACCACGCACACUCUCCCCUCCCCAACCUCUCUAGCCCUAACAACCCAAUACCCACCACGUCCCUACCACGGAAUCCAAGAAUGCAAGCGCGCCGUCCUCACCCUCUUCCAUGACCGUCUCCACCCACAAGCCAACAACACGACAGACCAAUACCUCACCUACAACAACAUCACCCCAGCUUCAUUCCACUCGCUAACCAGACUCCGCUACCGGCUCCAAGCCCCCGUCCGAUUCACCUACUUCCCCACGAUCUCAACCCUAACAAUCAGAGUCCUGACCCGAGCCACCGAGCAGGCCUAUAUGAUAUUCCAAUACAAGACAGCAGCAGCUCUAAUCGACAUGGGAAUCGAACUUGCCGAGUGGGUACCAUAUGCAAGAUCUGCUGCUGUAUACACAGCCACGGCGCUGGCACCAGGGUCGCAGAAGGAAGCCGACGCCGCGUUCAAAAACAGGCUGUUGAGACCCAACAACGAAACCGACUGGCCUCAUAUGGUCAUUGAAAGUGGUGUGUCCGGGUCAUUGGCGAGAUUGCGACAGGAUGUGAAUUGGUGGAUUGGGUGCUCGGGGGGAGAGGUUCUGAUUGUUUUGUUAUUGGUGGUGGAGUGUGUGGAGAGGAAGUUGAUCAUUGAGAAGUACUUUCCACAGUAUAUUGGGAGGAGGCAAGGUGAUAGUGGGCCGGUUACGAGAGCACAGGCUGCGCUUGAUGGGUUUGUGCCGCGGCUUGUCGCGACGACGGUUGUUGAUGUGAAUGCACAACCGUCUGUGGUGGUGGAAGGGUCUCCGCUGGUUUUGGAUUUUGAGAGGGUUGUUGGAAGACGGCCGGUUGGACCGACAGAGCAUGAUGUCGUUAUUGGGACGGCGAGUUUGAUUGAGAUGGGUGAGUGUGUUUCUUGGGAUAUUGAGCAUGAUGUAUGCUAG